AUGUCCUAUGUUCCAUCUAAAGACAAUCCAGCAGAUAUUGCAUCUCGUGGCACACUGUGCCAAAAUCUUAUGAAUAACAAACUUUGGUGGGAAGGCCCAGCUUGGCUUAAAAAUGAGCCAGGUGAAUGGCCCCAAUUUAAAGUUCCGCAUAAUAGCAAAGAAGAGAACAGUUAUGAAUCUGAGAUACGUAAAUUAAAGAAACCUAGUGAGAUUAGUUUGGUACAACCAUCGCGUGGCACAAAUACAAUUGAAAACACUAGUUCAGAUGAAAACACUGGUCCAUUAACAAUAAACAGCCAACGGUUCUCUUCACUUACAAAACUUCUUAGAGUUACUGCUCUUGUGCUAAGAUUUGUGAGAAAACUACAAAAGAAAAAUACAACAAGGUAUAUCACAUAUGACGAAAUUAAAGAGUCUGAAAACAUGUGGAUAAGACACAUUCAAAGAUUAUAUUACAAAGACGUAUUUGACGCCAUUUCUAGUGGUAAGCAAAACAAUAUUCAACAACAGCUUGGAAUUUACAUUGAUACAUACGGAAUCCUACGCUGUAAGGGGCGACUUGAAAAUGCUGACAUAAGUGAAAGUGCACGUUGUCCGAUACUUCUUCCAAAAUAUGACUGGUAUACACGCCUUAUUGUAGCUAAAACACAUAAAGAAUUUCUUCAUAGUGGUGUUUCACAAACGUUGUCUAUAGUGCAAAAUCGCUUUUGGAUUCUGCAUGGUCGUGCUAUUGUUAAGUCAGUGUUAAAAUCAUGUAUGAUCUGCCGCCGAUUUGAAGGUGGCCCGUACAAGAUACCACCGUUUUGCUCAUAUCCAAAAUCCCGUGUAACCGAAGGUAUUCCAUUUUCCAGAAUUGGAAUAGAUUACAUGGGUCCUUUAUAUACAAAAACAAAUAAAAACAGUGAAAAGAAAGUUUGGAUUUGCCUGUUCAAAUGCCUUAUGACGAGAGCAAUUCACCUAGAAAUUGUAAAUGACAUGACAACAGCUGAAUUUCUCCUGUGUUUCAGAAGAUUUGUAGCACAAAGAGGUUCUCCUACCCUUAUUAUCAGUGACAAUGCCUUACAAUUUCGUACGGCAGAUAAAAUUCUUGAUCAUCUUUGGAAUAAAAUUCCUAAAAAUGCUGAAAUAAUGAGUUAUGUUUUAAAUGCUGGUAUAAAAUGGAUGUUUAACGUAGAGUUGUCUCCCUGGAUGGGAGGCUUUUACGAAAGGCUAGUUGCUUUAGUAAAAAGGUCAUUAAAGAAAGCCAUUGGUAGAAAAAUGUUAUCAAUAGUGCAGUUACAAACUCUUAUUAAAGAGAUAGAAGCAGUUAUAAAUUCAAGACCUUUAGUUUGUGUUGGAGAUGACCUGCUUUCUAAUAUCCCUAUCACUCCUGCUCAUUUUCUGUCAAAUAAUCCGAAAAUUGGGAUUCCUGAAUUAGAAAUCGACAUUGUGAUGACGAUUAUAUUCCAAUUGAAAGCACAAAAGAUAAUUUACUUAAACUAUGGAAAAAAGAACAAAAGGUUAUUGGAUAUAUUUUGGAAAAUUUGGAAAGACGAAUAUUUACUAAGUCUCCGAGAAAGAUACCAAAACACGUUUAAAAAUCAUCCGGGUCAAAUGCAAUUUAAACCUAAAAUUGGAGAUAUAGUCUUAGUAAAAGAUGAUACCUCAAGAGGAAAUUGGAAGUUUGGUAAAAUUACACAAUUGAUUAAAAGUAGAGAUGAUGAAUGUCGUUCAGCUAAAGUUUUAAUUUCAUCUGGAAAUGAACUAGGACGGCCGUUAAAUUUGCUUUACCCAUUAGAAGUUUCGGGAGAAGAACAACAAUCAGAGUUAAAAGAUGAAACUUCUGAACGUUGUAAAAAUACAAUUGUUUCUCGUUGUCAAAGACUCGUUGUCAAAGACAAGCAGCGAUAA